AUGAUGAAGUACAUCAUGCUUCUUCUCUCAACCCUGAUGGGCAUCAUGCUCUCCAAUGCUGCUCCUGUCAGCAGCGACCUGGACGAUCCCCUUGCCAACUACUCCAUUGUUGACCUCGAGUGGAUCGUCCCAAUCAGCCCCUACCGCAAUGACACGGUCAUCGGCACGAUCCAGGAUGUCGCCAACCACCUCGCAAUUGUGGACCCUGAGGGUUUCGCUGCUGUCAACGAGAGCAUCAACGAAGCUGUCAAGACUUCUGCCUCUGGCCGUGCCAGUGUCUCUUACAGCUCGAGCGACUCUCCCGGCGAGUACGGCGAGUACGACCCUACCGACUACUCCUGCAAUCCCUUCCACGACUUGGUGUCGGGCAUCCGCAUCAAGUAUGGCGUCGAGUACUUGCGCAAGGUCAAGGGGACCCCGGGCCAGGGCCCUGGCCCAGCCAGCUGUGGUCGUGUGAGCUGUUCCUACAACGCGGCCAUCUUUUGGUGCAAUGAUAACACUGAGGGUAUGGUGCUCGACAGCUAUGGCCGGAUCGCAGACGGUGCCCAGGACCUGAUUACCGACUGCUGCUUCAUCCAAGAUGACGGUAGCUAUGGCGUUUUCAAUGGAGUGCAGCGUUUUGGGGGCAACUGGAACGUCGUCGUACAAAAGAAGUCUUGUUAA